AUGUCCACAACUGCAAGUCCAACCAUUCCCUCCUCACAGCUGACAUCGGAUCAACUCACGGUGGUCGCUGCGUCCUUUUCUUCUCUGGUGUUCUUUGUGGUUAUUGUGGUGCUGCUGUCUAUUAUUUACCGCAAGGAUCCCCAGUGCUGCAAACUCCGCUCCUAUCAGGGGCCACAUGCAGAUAUGGAUGCUCCUCCUCAGUACUACAGCAGCAGACAGACACUGGUGGGAUCUCCUUGUCUGGAGCAGACUCAGAUCAUAGAUGAUAACAACACUCAGGCAGGUCAGCUAUUCUUUGUCAGCCUGCCCUCCAGCUAUAGCCUGCCCACACUAGAGGCCCCCCUGCCGAGGCUCCCCUCUUAUGAGAGCGUUCGAAAGAAGGACCGCCAGAGGCAGAUCCACAUGAUGAUCGCGGACCGCUUCGGCCUCAAUGGAUCCAUUGUGACGGAGCCACCUCCAACAUAUGAGGAGAGUAUCCGCCAGUCUAUGGAGCUGCCGCACAACAUCCUCUCAUCAAGUCUGGACAUCUCUCCUCCUCAGAGUACCUACACCAACACAGGGCCUGAAAUUCAUACUGACACACCUCAUCCAGUCAACUCAGACACUAACAGCACUGUUCCACCUGUCUGAUACGGAUCUAGAUCUCAAGCUGCCUGGUGAACGUGAAAGAAACCUGAUCGCCUUCAUACAGACGAAGUCACCGAAUGAACACAAAAGCUGAAGACUGAUCCCGAUUGGAUCGCUCACACAUUCACACAGGCCGAUUCAGAUACCUCAACGCUGAGGUUAUGCUGAGAGACAGCUAAUGUUGGUUCACGAGUUGAGGGGCAGCCAUAGAGAUGGUGCACACCCUUCAGCAAAGGACAGACUUGGUGGGCACAUAUCAAUGCUAAAAAACACUUUGUGAUGGUUUCUGUACUGUACCUGCUGAUGAAUUUCAAAAGAGAGAAACUGGAUAAUAACAUUUACUGAGGUGGCUGGUACAUCGUGAUGAGGACAGAGGAAGAGGAGAUUUAUGGCCUACAGGACUGAAACAUACCAAAAAGGGAAACGCUGUUUACUUUCCUGAUUAAACUCUGUUGGUGAACAUUUGUUUUCGCUGUUUGCUCUCCUCUGUUACUCUGCUGCUCCUCAGCCACGGACCUCAUUGUCUGGUUUGUAAGGUUAUCAGCGACCUGUUUGAUGAGUUGCUGUAAAGCAUGUCUCUGUUCCCCGCUGAGGCUGAGCCAUACUGCUCCAGCAUGUGGUUCAGCCCGAGAGGGGGAGGAUUAAAAGAAGUGCUGAUGAGCGUGCCUUUCAUGAAGUUAUGAUACAACAUUAUAAUAAGACAAUUUAUGUUAAUGGAUUCAUCAAAAGUUUUUUUUUUCUUUUUACCACUUUACCUCAGUUAUUUUUUUCUCUGCUAAGGCAGAUGGGACUCUAUGAUUUCUCAGUUCCUUAUCAAACAAUUUAUAAAAUAAUAUUUUAUAUUAUCGUAUGUGUUGAGUCUCCUUCACUCAAGUCAGGGCAGAAAAAGGGUUUCUUUGUUCCUUUCUCCACCAAGCUUCAAGUCCUCAGCAGAGUGAAUGUCAAAUGAAAACAAUACCAAGUUCCUUGUCAAGACCUGUUUUGUUUGUCUUGAUCCAGCAAAGUUUUUUUCUGUAACUUACCAUGUACACGUGCAAAAUCCUUGUCCUGCACAUUGUCUUGAACUGUAUUUAUUUAAGAAAAAUGAAGAGACUCCUCACUAUUUCUCUGUCAAAAACCAAUGUAAUAAAAUCUUUUAUGGGUUUGUUAAUGG